CAAGCCAGAUCUCUUUGGUUGUCCAUUGAUUAAUUAUUUGUUAAUUUCAACGAAACUUCGAUCAAAGGAGUAUAUAUAUAGAAGAGGAAGUCGUGUAGAUAUGAAAAAGAGACAGUGAAUCAGGAUCAGGGUACUUUUCCACCUACAUAGAUUCGUCCCAUUCGCCGCUUUACGCGAAAUUUCCGCCCUUAGAAUCAUUUCAAAAAUAACUUCCUGGUCCACCAUCAUCAAUCUAACUGAGUUUUAGCCACAUUUUUUUUCAGGAAAUUAAUUCCCUGUGUCCACAGACACAAACUUCAUAUAAUAGGACCAGGUUUACACUCGACUCUUAGCAUUUGAUGCUGAUUCUCCAAUGAUGAAAAAGUUCCUCCAAUUAUAGACCCAACUUUUCUCUUUUUACUCAACCGGUCCACCCGCAGCUAAUGAUUCUGUGCCACCCGAACCCUAUCUCUCUUUAUAUAUAUCCUCCCAAAGUACAAUAAUAGAAGUACUACUUUCAAGAUUCUCAUAUUGUUGUUUAAAGCCUUUGCUUUUUCAGUUUUUAGUUCUUUCCGUGUCGAUCAGUUGCCAUGGGAUCCAGCCCCAGGAGCUUGCAGGCCAUUGUGGGUGCGCCUGGGGUAAGAGGAAAGAAGAUCACGGCUCUUUCGAAAGAUGGAUUGACUGCUUUCAUUCAGUCAAUCAUUUCCACGAAACACGAAAUGAAAGAACCCUUUUACGUGCUGGAUUUGGGUGUUGUCAUGGCCCUCUUUGACAAGUGGGCCCGUAACCUUCCCAUAGCUCAACCUUUCUACGCUGUCAAGUGCAACCCCAACCCAGCUUUCCUUGGCGCACUGGCUGCCCUUGGUUCGGGCUUCGACUGCGCAAGUAAGGCCGAGAUUGAAUCCGUGUUGUCUCUUGGUGUUUCACCUGGCAGGAUCAUUUUUGCUAACCCAUGCAAAGCAGAGUCGCACAUCAAGUAUGCUGCAACAGUUGGAGUUAACCUAACAACUUUCGACUCUAAAGAGGAACUGGAAAAGAUUAAAAAGUGGCACCCUAAAUGUGCCUUAUUGAUACGGAUCAAAGCCCCGGAAGAUGGUGGCGCAAGAUGCCCUUUAGGUCUCAAAUACGGUGCACUACCCGAGGAAGUCACCCCUCUCCUCCAGGCCGCUCAAGCUGCACGGCUCACGAUCACAGGCGUCUCGUUCCACAUUGGCAGCGGAGCCAUGCAGUUUCGAGCCUAUCGAGAAGCCAUAUCAGCAGCCAAAAUUGUGUUUGAGACGGCUGCUAGACUUGGCAUGCCCAAAAUGGAUGUGCUAAAUAUCGGCGGAGGGUUCACAGCCGGCCCGCAAUUCGCUGAAGCGGCGUCAACGGUGAAAGCCGCUCUACAAACGUACUUUCCGCACAAGUCAGGCUUAACAGUAAUUGCCGAGCCUGGUCGUUUUUUUGCUGAGUCAGCUUUCACACUAGCCACCAACAUUAUAGGAAAACGAGUUAGAGGUGAUCUAAGAGAGUAUUGGAUCAACGAUGGGAUCUACGGCUCCAUGAACUGUAUUCUCUACGACCAUGCGGUUGUCACGUGCAUGCCUCUCACAGGAUCAUCCAAUCGUAGCAACCCAACAUCCAAAGAAGCGAGGAGCUAUGAUUCCACCGUGUUUGGACCCACGUGUGAUGCGCUUGAUACGGUUUUGAAGGGUUAUCCGCUGCCGGAUCUACAAGUAAAUGACUGGCUGGUGUUCCCCAACAUGGGGGCUUACACGGCGGCUGCUGGGUCCAAUUUCAAUGGGUUCAACACGUCAGCCAUUUUGACAUACCUUGCUUAUUCCAAUCAAAAUUGAUGAUCGUAAGGCCUUUUGGUUGGUGGAUAUGGGCCGUCUCUUGUUUGGCGUGGGACUAUUCUCUUUGGUUUGUGAUUGUUAUAAGUCUAAUUAAGUUGUAUAAAAUUUAU